CCCAGGCGCGGGUCCCGCGUGCUGGAGCGCGCCCUCGCCUGCUGCAGGUGGGCGGCAGAAGUCCGGGCGGCGAGGCUCAGCGCGGCUCCCCGCGCCGGGGGUACCCGAGCCGGGCAGCGGCCCGGGACCUGCCCCGCGACCUCGCGGGGAGAGCCGGGGCGCAGGAGACAGACGGCCCGCGCUGUGCCUGUCAGCCAGGGGGCCGGCCGAGCUAGCAGGGAGGCUUGAGGAAAUCGAUGUGAAACUGAACAGGAAAUCUUAGUUGAGGAGCGCAAGCUGUGUGGAUCAGCGUGGGUCUGCGCGGAAGCUGAAGUUACUGGAAACUGUUGGAAAAUACAUCAAGUCUCACACUCAGGUGCUCCUGGAACCAUGAACAACAAUGGAACAGACCCGGCCAUCGGAUACAUCUGCUCCUCCAUAGCUAUUCUUUUGUUUGGCUCAAACUUUGUGCCACUGAAAAAAUGUGACACUGGUGAUGGUAUGUUUCUCCAGUGGAUCCUUUGUGCUGCCAUAUGGUUGGUUGCCUUGGUGGUCAAUCUGAUACUGCAUUGCCCUAAGUUUUGGCCUUUUGCAAUGCUUGGGGGCUGCAUUUGGGCAACAGGGAACAUUGCUGUUGUCCCAAUUAUCAAAACCAUUGGUUUAGGCCUUGGAAUCUUAAUCUGGGGAUCAUUUAACGCCUUGACUGGCUGGGCAAGCUCAAGGUUCGGCUGGUUUGGAAUGGAUGCAGAAGAAGUACCAAAACCACUGCUGAAUUACAUUGGAGCUGGACUAUCAGUAGUAAGUGCUUUCAUGUUUUUGUUCAUCAAAAGUGAAAUACCGAAUAACACGUGUUCCGUGGAUACCACACCACUAAUAACAGAGCGUGUGAUCAACACAGCUCAAGAUUCCUGUCCCAGUGAUUCCAGUGACUCCUGGGUGGAGCAGCUGUCUACAGUUCACCGCCGCCUAGUAGGUUGCAGUCUGGCAGUGAUAUCUGGAGUACUCUAUGGAUCUACAUUUGUGCCAAUCAUUUAUAUCAAGGACCACAGCAAAAGAAAUGAUAGCAUGUUUGCAGGGGCAAGCCAGUAUG